AAACGAUCUAAAUCGCAAGGCAGACAAGAGAUCGCUGGAUCAAUUUAAAGAUCAGUGAAGAUGGUCUGGGUCUUCAGAGUCUGGCUCUUCAAGUGACGAUAUUAAAGUCAAAUCUGUUACAACCUCAACCGAAGAUCAUCAACGCCCAUUGUCGUGCCCGCUUCUUGUCGCUGGAUCUAAAUCUUAUGCUCACUAGCAGCAAGAGCUACUCAAUGAGUUCUAAAUUUUUAUGAUAAAUGUGCGAAGGUCGGAAAACUAAAACAAUAACAAACGCUUGUACAACCUCUCAUGGGAAUCGAAUAAACAAGUAACCUCACUAAUGCUGACUGACCACAAUCCUCUCUGCUUCUUCUAACCACAGGGACCCACUUUCCGAUCCUUGUGAUCCAGUAAGACUCUCUCUCGCCGCUUUUGGCAGACGAGGACGUGUAAAUCCAAUACAUUGAGCUGCCAUCAAAAUGUCAGACGUUGAAUCCGUUGCUGCCAGCGUUCCGGUCGAGGAGGAAGUGACCGACCUGGGGUCCGCCGUCCGCCGCGUCUGCAAGAACGCUUUGGCCGUCGAUGGUCUCGCUCGCGGUCUCCACGAAGGUAUUGUUAUACUGAUGGUUGUGCUUUAGAAAAUGUUUCAGAGCCGACGACCACGAGCUGCGUUUUAUUGUGUGAUUUAGAUGAGAUUCGCGUACUAGAUAGAAUCUAUGCAAGGAGAGUGCGUGCCGACGGUUUUCCUUCCGGUAGAAUCUUGUUUUGCAGGGAGUGUCUGGUUGCAACUCUCCACGACUAGAGAAUUUAGACUAUCGGAUUAUAUUAAUCGUGGCAUGAUGCGUAAUCUCGUCGAUGACUGCGCCUUCCUAGUGAUUCAUAUUUUUGCGCGUUAUUUGGUGUUUCUUUCAAUCCUUCCUCAUCGUCGCCCAAACUUCUGACCUACAGGUGCCAAGGUGAUCGACGCUGGCAAGGCCCAGUUCGUCUUUUUGUCCGAGUCCUGCGAUGAGCCGGCCUACAAGAAGUUGGUGAAGGCUCUGUGCGCCGAGAAGCAGGUCCCCCUUUACGAGGUGCCGGACAGCAAGAAGCUCGGUGAAUGGGCUGGCUUGUGCAAGAUCGACUCCGACGGUAACGCCCGCAAGGUCGUCGGCGCUUCCUGCGUCGUCGUCCACGACUAUGGUGACGAAUCCGAGGGCCUCAACUGGUUGCGCAACAACACCUCCUCUUAAGCGUGCUGACAAGUUUGAUUCCGAUUUUUUCCGAGGAAAAGAAGUGGAGUCAGAUGUAGUAAGAAAGUACGUACUCUGGAGCGUGGUGUAAGAAUUCGUUGAUGACGAGAACAGAGAAGAUGGAUACACUAUACUCUUAGAACACACGCUGUCAACAAGAAGAAUUCAGCGCACGUCGACAUUCGCGGCAGAACUUGUGAUGCUCAUUUACUGUGAGAUCCGUCAAGUGAGAGAGUAAUGAUCAGAG